AUGGUCUCUUUAAAUAUUGAUGGUAUCACUGUGGAAUUCCCAUUUCAACCUUACCGCUGUCAGAUUAAAUUCAUGGAAAAAGUCAUGGCGGCAUUACGAAUGGGUCAAAAUGCAGCUUUGGAGUCCCCAACUGGAACUGGCAAAACGCUAUGCUUAUUAUGUGUCACUAUUGCAUAUUUGAAAGACUGCAAAUCGAGGUUGACAGAUCUCGAUUUUAGUCAAAACAUAGAGGGCAAAUUGCCUAAAUCUCUGUAUCCGAAAAUUCUUUAUGCAUCUCGGACACAUAGUCAACUAGCGCAAGUUAUCAGAGAACUGAAUAAAACUACUUAUAAAGAUAUUAAAACUGUAACAUUGGCUUCCCGUGACAUCCUUUGCAUCAACGAGAAAGUUAUGAAAGAAAGCAAUAGUCAUGUCAAGUCGCUGAUUUGUAGAAAUUUGAUUAGCAAACAUCAAUGUCUGUAUUAUAAUUUCUACGAAAAAGCUGAUGUACAAACAUUAGAUAUGUUAUAUAAUGAAAAUCAGGUGGUUCCAGAUAUCGAGGAAGUUAUUAGUAUUUCCCGGAAGCACAAAUAUUGUCCUUACUUUCGUAAUCGUACGAUGUAUGAAGAAGCUGAUCUCAUUCUUUUGCCGUAUAACUAUAUUGUUGACCCUUCUUUGCGUAAUAAGCAUAACAUCAGUUUGAAAGGCAAUAUUGUCAUCUUUGACGAAGCACAUAAUUUGGAAGCAAUUUGUGAAGAAUCAACAUCGGUAUCAUUUUCAACCACUCAAAUAAGUGCUUCCAUCAGAGAAACCAAAAAAGCGUUGGAACUUGUACUAGCAGAUGAAGAAGAAAUACGAACGAAAAUGGAUAAUACGGUUCUACCAUUUGGCGCGGAAGUUGAAGAAGCAAAAGAAGUAAAAGUCGAAAAAAACGAUGUUGCUCACUUGCUAGCCUGUUUGCAUCAAUUUGAAGAGACUGUAGAUCGUUGCUUGGAAGAUGCUGGGGAAAAAAUUUUGGGAAUCGAUGGCAAAGUUUAUCCUGGCAAAAAAAUGAUUGAAAUGCUAACACAUGCAGGAUUUCGAAGGGAUAUCAGGGAAUCAUUUUCAGUAACCAUUGACAAAAUUGGACGCUACCUCACAGCGAAAGCUCAAAGUGAGUCACUCAAUGAGCAGUUUGUUGAUAGAGGUAUCAAUUUGCAAGAAUUCUCAGCAUUUAUUUCUACAGUAUUUGCUGACAAGCAUGCUUCUGGCGCAUUGAUUGAUUCUUUUGGUGGAAUUUCGAGUUUAAAUAGGAAGGAAAUAGAAACUAGCAAUGUGAAUCAUUUUCAACUUUACGUCACCAAGUACAGUUCAGUAAUUACAUUGAAUUACUGGUGUUUUUCCCCAUCAGUGGCAAUGUGGUAUCUUCAUUCGUGUGGUGUACGCUCAAUAAUUGUAACCAGUGGUACUUUGUCUCCACUAGAUUCAUUUAUCAACAAUAUUGGUAUAAAUGUGCCGAUUACUUUGGAAAAUGAACAUGCUGCUGAUUCAGACCAAAUUUUGGGAGCACUAAUCCAAUCUAGUCAUAGUGGGCUUGAUUUAUGUGGUACUUUUCAUAAAAGGAGCAGCGCUGGAUACAUUUAUGGAAUAGGUGAUAUUAUUAUUCGAGCUUGUCAAAUUAUUCCACACGGUAUAUUGGUGUUUUUUCCAUCAUACGUUGUUAUGAAUUCAUGCUUGAAAUUCUGGAAGACAGCAAAAUACGGAGCAAAAUUUAUUUGGGAAACAUUGACGGCAAACAAGGAAGCAUUUAUUGAGCCAAAAUCAAAGUCAGAAUUAAAAGUGAUAUUGCUGCAAUUUCGUGAAAAAGUCAAGGAAGGACGUGGUGCAGUUUUGUUCGCUGUUUGCAGGGCCAAGGUAAGUGAAGGAAUUGAUUUUUCGGACAACGAAAGUCGUGGAGUUAUAGUGAUUGGUAUUCCAUUUGCUCCUACAACAAAUCCUCGAAUUGAGUUAAAAAAGCGGUUUCUUACAAAGCAGAGAAUCGGAGUUGUAAAAGAAGAGCUGAAAAAGUUUAUAUCAGCUGAUGAAUGGUAUCAGGUAGAUGCAAUCCGUGGUGUUAAUCAGUCUAUUGGGCGCGUUCUACGUCAUAAAGAUGAUUUUGGUGUUGUCAUCCUUGUUGAUUCGAGGUUUUGCUCAAUGCCAUCAAAACGAUUUCCGUCUUGGAUGCGAAGCUGUUUGAAAAAUUACCAAAAUAUUAACCUUUUUGAAAGUGAUUGUAUAAAUUUCUUCAAAAAAAGAAACCUCGAGGUGAAAAUUUACCAUAGUUUUAAUUUUUUGAGAAUGCUGCAGGUGUAUGCUACCCAGAAAUUAUCAUCACCUAUAGAAAUAACAUCACAAACAAGUAACUCUCGAAAACGGAAUGAAAUCUGGAAGUGCAGUCGGGAAAAUCAGAGCAAUUCAAUUUCUGAAAUCACAACUCUCUAUUCUUCUGAAGCUAUCGAAGCAUUUGAAAAAAGUAUUGAACAUGAAAAGACAGUACCGAAGCCUCCCAAAAGGAGUUGCAUUUUCGACGACAUAGAAAACGUUGAAGAGAUUAAUAACAUAAAAGAUGAAAUGUACACAAAUAAUGACAAUGCUAAGAAUAUGCCAUCAUGUAGCGCAUUCCCUAUCAAGAAACCAAAGUCAAAGUUUUUGUUGAAGCCCAAUGCUUCCUCUUUGAUUUUUAAGGGAUCAGAUGAAGAUGCAUCAAAAAAGCAAAGUAUACAAAGAAACUCGCCCAGUGAAGACCAUGAUGCUUUCUUGGUGAACUGGCAAAAACCUGCUGCUGAAUAUAAUAAAUUGCUCCAAUCUAUUGAUAAACCAAAAAGUAUAUCCUUGAAAAAGGCCCUGAUAAGUUAUGCACAGAACAAUAACUUCCGCGCGCUUAUUUCCGUUUACCAAAUGGAAACCUUACCACAUCAUGUGGAAAUUUUUAAAGGCAAGUGUUUUAGUCAUGAUAACAAACUGCUCACCAAGAAGUUAUUAUUUACGAGAAAAUUUACUGAUCGCUUUUCGUUCUAAUG